AUGAACUUCAGAUUCCAGAACCUUCUCGGAGCACCUUACAGAGGAGGCAACGCCGUCAUCUCCAACAACACCCUUCUACUCUCACCCGUCGGUAACAGAGUCUCCGUCACCGACCUCCGCAAAUCCGAAACCACAACACUCCCUAUCCAAGCCUCCUCCAAUAUCUCCCGCAUAGCCGUCUCCCCUGACGGCACCUUCCUCCUCGCUAUCGACGACAACAACCGUUGCUUGUUCAUCAACCUCCGCCGCCGCGCCUUACUCCACCGUAUCACCUUCAAACACCGUGUUGGUGCUGUUAAAUUUUCACCUGACGGAGGACUUAUCGCUGUUGCUGCUGGGAAGCUUGUUCAGAUCUGGAGAUCACCUGCUUUUCGCAAAGAGUAUUUUCCAUUUGAGUUGGUUAAAACUUUUGCUGAUUGCCAUGCGAAAAUCACUGCUUUUGAUUGGAGUCCUGAUUCCAAAUACUUGCUUGUAGCGUCUAAGGAUCUCACUGCGAGAAUCUUGUGUUUGAAGAAGCUUAGCGGUGGUGAUAAGUAUAAACCUUUUUUGUUUUUAGGUCAUAGGGAUUCAGUUGUAGGUUCGUUUUUCGGUGUUGAUUCUAAAACUAAUAAGGUUUCUAAGGUUUAUACAGUUGCUAGAGAUUGUUAUUUGUUAAGCUGGAGUUUUACUGGUGACGAGGAUGAGGAAUCCUCGGCGCCUCCAUCGCCAGGGACACCGGAUAGGGAAUUGGAUGGUGUUGUGAAGAAGAGGAAGGAACGUGAAACUGAGGAUGGGGGUGGGUACUUAUGUAGAGGUAAAUGGGAAUUGUUGAGGAAGGAUUGUUUUAAUCAGGCGCCAGCAAAGGUUUCGGCUUGCCAUUAUCAUAGAGGAUUAGAUAUGGUGGUUGUUGGAUUUUCAAAUGGUGUGUUUGCGUUGUAUCAGAUGCCGGAUUUCGUGUGCAUUCAUAUGAUGUCCAUAUCUAAAGAGAAGAUCACCACUGCUUUGUUUAAUGACCUUGGAAAUUGGAUGUCCUUUGGCUGCGCCAAACUGGGUCAGCUUCUUGUGUGGGAGUGGCGGUCUGAGAGUUAUAUUUUGAAGCAGCAGGGUCAUUACUUUGAUGUCAAUUGUGUGGCAUAUUCGUCGGACUCUCAACUUCUUGCUACUGGAGCAGAUGAUAAUAAAGUGAAGGUUUGGACUGUUUCCUCGGGCUUUUGCUUUGUUACGUUUUCUGAGCACACUAAUGCUGUUACAGCUCUGCAUUUUAUGGCAAAUAACAAUAGCCUGCUCAGUGCAUCUCUUGAUGGGACUGUUCGUGCAUGGGAUUUAAUACGUUAUCGGAAUUUUAGGACAUUUACCACUCCUUCUUCAAGACAGUUUGUUUCUUUGGCAGCAGAUCAAAGUGGUGAAGUGAUAUGUGCAGGCACUUCAGAUUCAUUUGAGAUUUUUGUUUGGUCGAUGAGGACUGGGCGUUUGUUAGACGUGCUUAGUGGUCACGAAGCUCCUGUUCACGGGCUAACAUUUUCUCCUACAAAUGCCAUUUUGGCUUCAUCAUCAUGGGAUAAGACUCUUCGGUUGUGGGAUGUUUUUGACGGCAAAGGAGCAGUUGAAACAUGGCAUCACACCCAUGAUGUUCUGACAGUAGCUUAUCGUCCAGAUGGAAAACAGCUAGCUUGCAGUACAUUGGAUGGACAAAUUCAUUUUUGGGACCCAAUAGAUGGUGUGCUGAUGUAUUCAAUUGAAGGUUCUAGAGACAUUGCCGGAGGUCGUCUUAUGACCGACCGUAGAACAUCUGCUAACUCAAGUACAGGGAAGUGCUUCACAACCUUGUGUUAUUCAGCUGACGGAAGUUACAUAUUAGCUGGAGGAAGUAGCAGAUAUGUCUGCAUGUAUGAUGUUGCCGAUCAGGUUUUGCUGCGACGCUUUCAGAUAACUCAUAAUCUUUCAUUAGAUGGUGUGCUUGACUUUUUAAACUCAAAGAAUAUGACCGAAGCCGGCCCUCUAGAUUUGAUUGAUGAUUAUAACAGUGACAUUGAAGAAGGUGUUGAAAGACAAACACGAGGGAACCUAGGGCAAAAUAUGCCAGGAUCUGUUGCUAACCGCGGAAGACCUAUUAUUCAAACAAAAUGCCUUAGACUUGCACCUACUGGGAGGAGUUUUGUAGCAGCAACGACCGAGGGAGUUUUAUUUUAUUCUGUUGAUGAAUCAUUCAUAUUUGAUCCAACUGACUUAGACAUAGAUGUAACGCCAGAGGCUGUUGAUAAAGCGCUGGAUGAAAAUCAACCAAAUAUUCCCGCAGUUGCCACAUCAAUCCCAUGCAGUUAUCUUCGGCGGUUAAUUGAGGCACUUGCAUCUCUUCUAGAAAAUUGCCCACAUUUGGAGUUCAUACUUCGAUGGUCUCAGGAGCUCUGUAAAGUCCAUGCAAAUUCUAUUCAGCAGAACUCUAGAAGUUUGCUCCCAUCAUUAAAAUCAUUGCAGAAGUCCAUUACCAGUAUACACCAGGAUCUUGCCGAUACAUGCUCCUCCAAUGAAUAUAUGCUGCGAUAUUUAUGCUCUUCUAGCCCAAGUAAAUAA